GGAGUUGAACAACCGGCGAUCAGUUUGCGUUGGCAGCUGAGGAGGGCUUGUCAUGAGGGCGGCUCUUUCACUCCGCGUUUUUACGCACCAUUUCAAAGCUUUAACUCCCUUCCUGUUCCUGCAGCGCUCAGAGUCUGGAUGUAUGCCGCGGACUGCACACGGGCUGUGCGCGUCUCUCAGCCUGGAGGUUGCAGACGUUGAUAUUAUUUUUCACACACAUUUUUUUUUUUGUCACACUUCGUCCCCCCCACGUCAGGACUGUUUUUCUCCUCUGCUUGGAUACCGCUGGUUUAGGCAUUAGAUAUGUGCUUGCAGGAUGACGAGAACCCAUUUCCUCUCCGCAGAAGUAAAAUAAAAUAGGCUUUCGCGCACACUGGAUUUACUCCUGUCAUUCCAUAUGAAGAAGUCAAAAAGUUGGAUACACGUUUGUGUCCGUUUCCUGCUGUUCAUCACACUUGGGGUACAUUCAGCUACAUUCGAAGUUACCGCCGUGACUGAUGGCUGUCACGAUUUACCUUCUAAUUUGAAACAAAAUAUUCCAAAAGAUUAUAAAAUUCCUGUAUUUUACAUUCCGAAAGAAGUGGCUAGAAUGUGUUGGGUGAAAUUAAAUAUUUACUACUUGGAGCAGAGUAUACAAGAUUUAGCCGAUAAGUUUGGAAAUGUUUCAUCCAAUAAACAGGACAUCAAUUUAGUCAACCAUUGUCUUCAGAAUGUGCGAAUGAUCAUCAAUGACUUAAAUCGGGAAAUGUUGGAUUUUGAAUGCCACUACAGACGAGAGUGGUGGGAAACAGAGCAAUACUUUAAUUUUGUCGAAGAACUCUUCGGAGCUGCAAAUUCUGAAGACUUUUCAUAUGAGUGUGAUCCUCCUCCCUGUCCCAGUACACCAG